AUGUUACUGAGUUUGGGUGAAAAAUAUGGGUUAUUUUUUCGUUUGUUGGGUCAUUUAAAAAAACCCAGCACUGCUGGGUUUGCAGUGCGGACCUGAGAGGGAACAUGCACGUCAAGCACGCCACGUCCCGUCCUGCCCCUCCCUGCCCCUCCCCGCCACGCCCUGGACACCCGCCACACCAUUUCCCUCCCGCUGAAAGAGGAAAAGUACUCAGCCGAAAGAAAUAAUUCUGUUCUGUUUCAUGGAUACAUUUGUGAAGGAGAAACUGAAAGAGUGGAAACUGGACUCUCUGAUUCCCAGUUGAAGAAAUCGACAAGGAGAGUUUUAUAUUACUGGAUGAUGCUUCCAUUGCGGCGCUAGUUCCAGUAAUUGGACCCAGACUGAAACUGAGGUCACACCUCAGAAAACUAACCGAGGUAAGUAGACACCAGUCUACUAAUGGGGUAUUCCUGUUUUAGAUGUACAUUUGCAGGUCGUAAUCUUGGUCAUCUUUUUGCGCACCUCAGAGCAGUCCAUAAUAUACACAGUUCUAGCACAUACUUUCAGUGUGCCGAAGCUGGGUGUUGUAGAAGUUUUGGCUAUAUUCGUUCAUUUGCAAGGCAUUUGCUACAGCAUAAUGAGGCGCACUGCUCCGCGGCCGGUGAGGAGGCGCACUGCUCCGCGGCCGGUGAGGAGGCGCACUGCUCCGCGGCCGGUGAGGAGGCGCACUGCUCCGCGGCCGGUGAGGAGGCGCACUGCUCCGCGGCCGGUGAGGAGGCGCACUGCUCCGCGGCCGGUGAGGAGGCGCACUGCUCCGCGGCCGGUGAGGCGCACUGCUCCGUGGCCGGUGAGGCGCACUGCUCCGCAGCCGAAUGUGAUGUGGAGGAAUGGGAUGAAUUGGAAGAAAGUAAUGUAAUGCAUAGGGUGGCACUCUUUCUUGCUAAGUUGAGGGCAAAUUCGUCACAGACACUCACAGCUGUUACUUAUGUUGUUCAGCAAACAUCUACCCUAGUGAAUGACAUAGUGAGUAGUCUGAGGAAAAACACCAUGUCUUUCUUAAAAAAGAUAGGACAAGCUGAGACCCCAGGGGGUAAUGAAUUGGAUCAGAAGUUUGCAGCAGCUGCUGAGCCAUUUAGGAAUUUAGAAUCUGAGUACAAGCAAAUGAAAUAUUUUGCUAGUACUGGGUACUUUGUUCAACCUGUAGAGGAACCUCUUCCUGGGUUUUCCUUCACUCAAAGGACAGAUUCAUCAACAGGAUGUGUUAGGCAGGUAGCUGUUCGGGAUUCCUUUCAGCGUGUGCCGUUGGGCCCUUUGCUCAAGCUAGUCCUUGAGAGUCCAGGAACUAUGGAGAAAAUACUGGCAUGGCGAGAGCAGGAAGUUUGUGCUCUCCAGGAUUUUAGGGAUGGCACCAUGUUCAAGACGAGUUCUCUUUUUUCCAAAGAGUUUGCAAUUCCACUUCUGCUUUACUGUGAUGAAUGUGAGACAGUAAAUCCUUUGGGAUCAAAGACAUCUGUCCACAAAUUAGGGUUCCUUUAUUUCACAUUGAAAUGCUUGCCACCAGAGUUUCUUUCCAGUCUCAGUGCCCACUUUCUGUUGGCAGUGUACAAGACAGAUGAUGUCAAAACUUAUGGCAUAGAUGUGGUCUUGGAGCCAGUUGUGAAUGAGAUCCGAAGUCUGGAAGUUAAUGGACUUCAAAUUGACACGCCUUGUUUUCAGGAAGUAGUCAAGGUUGGAAUUGCCCAGAUUUGUGGUGAUAACUUGGGGCUCAAUGCUGUCCUUGGCUACACAGAAAGCUUUAAUGCGAAAAGUGUGUGCCGCUGGUGCCGUGUCCAAAAGGAAAUCCUUCAUGUGCAAACUGUUGAGGAUGAAUCAUUGUUGAGAAAUAACCUCAACUAUCAAGCAGACUUGUGUCUCAAUAACCCAACAGAGACUGGUCUCAAGCGAGAGAGUGCACUUAACAGGCUGGAGUUCUACAAAGUGGUUGACAAUGUUACACCAGAUAUCAUGCAUGACAUUCUGGAAGGAAUUGGUGGAUAUGAAGUCAAGCUUGUUCUCAAUUCUCUUAUUGAGCAAAAGCUUAUAACCCUAGAUCAGAUCAACUACAGGCUUACAAGUUUUGAUUAUGGAUUCAUUGACAGUCAUAACAAGCCUUCCCUCAUUAAAUCACAUGAGCUCAAAACCCCAGAUGGAGCUCUCAGGCAAACAGCAUCACAGACCUGGUGUCUGUUAAGAUUACUUCCUCUUGCCAUUGGUGACCUUAUCCCAGAGGGUAACCAAUACUGGGAGUUGCUUCUUCUUUUACUGAGUUGCAUGGAGUUCAUUUUUUCUCCAUCACUAACACAAGAAGCAUCCAUUUUCUUGGGUUACCUCAUCCAGGAGCACCACAGUCUUUUUCUGGAGCUUUACCCUAGUAGGCACCUAAAACCAAAACACCACUUUAUGGUCCAUUAUCCUGGUGCAAUCAGGAAGUUGGGACCUGUGGUUCUGUUGUGGGCUAUGCGAUUUGAGGCCAAACAUGGCUUUUUCAAAAGACUCAGCCAUGUUACUUGUAACUUUCGCAACAUCUGCAAAACAAUGGCUUACAGACAUCAGAUGCUACUUUGUUACCAUCUCCUCUCGGGUAAUUUGUUCACCCACAAUGUAGAAGUUGGUGCAGGAUGCACAAAUCUGUUGGGCUGUAUUGAUGGUUAUGACCGCAUCAAGCACAAAUUUGACAUGCCACUCUUUACUGAAGUGUAUGUUCCAUCAUGGGUGAGAUGGAGGGGCACUGAAUACAGGCCUGGAAUGUCUCUUCUAGUCUCUCAUUCUUGUGAUGGUGAACCUCAGUUUGCUAUGAUAGAGAGCAUUCUAUCAGUGGAAUCCUCUGUCAAACUGAUUGUGAGGAAGUAUGAUACUGUAGGAUUUGAAAGACACUAUUUUUCCUACUGUGUGUAUCCUGCAUCUGAGCUUGAUGUAGUUGAUGUGAACUCUCUUGAUGAUCACCACCCUCUCCACAUUGGAAGGUCAUAUAAAGAGGGAGAUGAUAAUCUCUAUGUUUCUCUGCGCUACAGACUGUUUUAAACAUUCAUUGUAAUUGUUUUAGUUGUGUUUUAGGCAUUUACAUUUUUGACUGUGUGAUUACCCUUUACAUUCUUCUAUUGAAGGCAUGCAUUGCCCCAUCUGUCCUCUGUUGUGCAUUGUGCACAGUAACAAUUUAAAUGUGUUUUUAUUUUUGAUACAGGUACACUAUUUUGAUACAAAAAUUUACGUCUUGCCUGCCUUGCAUUUGCAUGUGCACUAACAUUCAGAAAUGUGGUCACGCUGUUCUGAAAUUCAGAACAAUUUGUAUUGUAUGAAAACCUAUUUGAUUGGUAAAAGAUUUACGAAAUUAGUUUGAUCUGCUCGUCCUGUGCUACAUUAUGGGCUUCACAUUAGUAAAAAGUGAAACUAAUGUUAAUAGAUGUUUGCAUUAAAGGAGAACACCCGUGUAAAAUGGGCUUUUGGUGUAGUAAAACAUGAUAAAAAGUUAUUACAUUUGAUGAAAAGAUCAAAGGUUUCGAGAUCCAGAAAUGUUGACAGUUUGUUCGAACACCCUUCAGACUGGGAGACACGGGGCAUAAUUUGCCCCCAUAAAUAGUUUUUUUUCCACCGUUAUCCAGUUCAAAGUAGCUCCACACCUCCUUGCUAGAAUCUGGAGAGCCCUGACAUUUAAAAUAAGGCAUUAAUAAUUUAAAAAGUGCACAAAAGGCUUAUUAAAAAACACUGUUUACAUCCCAUAACGCUAGCUUCAGCUCAGUGCGCCGCCAUCUUUGAACUGAUAAAAAAAUAGCCAUAUGUAUACAUAGACUCUGCAUAGCGUAGCAGCCGGCGCCAGGAGGCAGGCUAUGCAGAAUCUAUGUAUGUGUGUCUGUCAUUAUCAGUACAGUGAUGGCGGUGCUUGGAGCUGAAGCUCACAUUAUAGGAUGUAAACAGUGUUUUUUAAUAAGCUUCUUGCGCACUUUUUAAAUGAUUAAUUCCUUGUUUUAAAUGUGGAACUACUUUGGGCUGAAUAAUGGUGGAAAGGGAAAAUCAUGCCCUGUGUCACUCUGAUGGAUGUUCGGACAUUUCUGCAUCUCGAAAUGCUGUGGGAGAACGGAGGUGUGCUAUAUCAAAGGUAAGUACUUUUUAUCAUGUUUUACUACAAUAAAAGUCAGUUUUACACCGCAGUUGUCCUUUAAGGAUGUGAUUAUUACAUGAAAUGUAACUGUUUUAACCUGUGACCCUAACCCAUAAGCCUCCUAGCAGGUUUUGCCUCUAAGGAGUUUAGGUAAGUUGAAAAAAAUUAAAGGAGUUGUUUUAAUGCAAAAAAUCGCAUUUGGCACCUUUUAGUUUUUAACUGUUGUAAAGGCCUACUUCAUAAUGCAAAACUAUAGAUGUUAUUCAGUUACCAAACAUAUAAAUUUUAAUAUUCAACAAAUAAUCUUAUUUUUUCCAAAGAUUUCUGAUUUCAUAGAGUAUGUGCUGCCUUUCAUAUGUUUUGCUGUUCUUCACAAUACUAAUUUUAUUCAGUU